CCACCUUAUUAGUACUAUAUGGUAUAAUUCAAAUAUAAAUAUGGCUUGCUCUCUCCUCUAUUUUGCAUUCCACAAUUCAAGUGUUCGUUAUAAAUUAAGCAUAGAAAGAAACUCAUAGAUACUUAUACAAGAUCAUCAAUGGCUGUCAAAGUUUAUAUUGUGUACUAUUCAAUGUAUGGACAUGUAGAAAGACUAGCAGAAGAAAUAAAGAAAGGGGCAGAGUCUGUUGAAGGUGUUGAAGCCAAACUAUGGCAGGUACCAGAAAUAUUGCCAGAAGAGGUACUUGGUAAGAUGAGAGCACCACCCAAGAGUGAUGUACCAAUCAUUACCCCGAAUGAACUAACCGAAGGUGAUGGUUUUGUCUUUGGAUUUCCAACAAGAUUUGGAAUGAUGGCUGCUCAGUUUAAAGCCUUUCUAGAUGCAACUGGUGGACUAUGGAAAACACAACAGCUUGCCGGUAAGCCUGCUGGAAUCUUCUACAGCACCAGUUCCCAAGGCGGUGGCCAAGAGACUACAGCGCUCACUGCUAUAACUCAAUUGGUUCAUCAUGGAAUGCUAUUUGUUCCAAUUGGGUAUACAUUUGGUGCUGGAAUGUUUGAGAUGGGAGAAGUGAAAGGUGGAAGUCCAUAUGGUUCAGGAACAUAUGCUGGUGAUGGAUCGAGACAGCCAACUAAGCUUGAGUUGGAACAAGCAUUUCACCAAGGAAUGUAUAUUGCUACAAUCACAAAGAAACUCAAGGAAGCUGCAUAAUGUUGUUGAAUUCAAUCCACAUACACGUACAAUUCGAAGAUGCUUGAAAAUCAUUAGUUUAAUUAGUUCUUCUUUUUUCAUUUAAUGUGCUUGCAAGUAACAGUUUUUUAUAUUUCAGAAAUAAAAUUUGUGGUUUUGUAUUAAGUACUACUUUUCAAUUACAUGGUGUAAUGUUUAUUGAAUAAAGCAAGAA